CUCACAUUUCAUAAAAAGUGAGACAAAUUACGAGAGAACGAGAGUGAUCCAAGAACAUGAACCACACGAUGGAUGAUGAUCAAAACUUGGCUUUUAUCUCUCAAUUGUACCCCGAUGUCUACACACAGAUACUACCACAAGAAGGAGCAGUGAAGCCACCGAAGCGAAGGAGGAAGAAGAGCAAAAGAGCCGUGGCUACUGGAGACGGAAGCAACUGUUUUUUUAGGAAGAGAAAGCUUAGCGAUGAGCAAGUGAACAUGUUGGAGAUGAGUUUUGGUGAUGAGCACAAGCUUGAGUCCGAGAGGAAAGAUAAACUUGCCGCGGAGCUAGGGCUCGACCCUCGUCAAGUUGCUGUUUGGUUUCAGAACCGUCGUGCACGGUGGAAGAACAAAAGGCUCGAGGAAGAGUACAACAACCUCAAAAACUCACAUGAGAACGUCGUUGCUGACAAGUGCCGACUUGAGUCAGAGCUUCUUCAGCUCAAGGAACAACUCUAUGAUGCAGAGAGGGAAAUUCAAAGAUUGGCAGAAAGAGUAGAAAGAGGCGCGAGCAACAGUCCCAUUUCUUCUUCAGUUUCUGUCGAAGCUAACGAAACACCAUUUUUCGGAGAUUAUAACGUCGGAGACGACGGUGAUGACUAUAACCUCUUUUAUCCGGUGCCAGAAAACACCUACAUAGACGGAGUAGAAUGGGCAAAUAUAUACAUAUAAAAUUAAUAGCUUAAUGUAAUAUUUUUAAUUGUAUUAAGUAGUGCCCUGAUUUAGGGAGUAGUAUUUUUUUAAGUAAACUAGCUAGUGCCUAGUAGAAUAUGUAACUGCUGAAUUUCUAGUGUACAAACAAAUAUAACGAC